CGCGCGUUCAGUAUGGCGCUCGCACAAGCGCACGGCUGUUUAUUAAAAAACGCAUGCGCACACUUCUCCUGUCGUCUGGGAUGCUGUUCGGUUUACGCACUUAAAACCGGACCUGUCCUGCUCGAAUCAGCAUAACCGAGCUGCUUUUCAUUGGCGUCUGUAACUUCGGGAAAGGACAAAAAUAAAGAAGAUUCUCGAACUUGCUGUCUGUAAAAAUGGUGAACGUCCUUAAGGGAGUCCUUGUCGAGUGUGAUCCAGCUAUGAAGCAGUUUCUUCUCUAUUUGGAUGAGACCAAUGCUUUAGGAAAGAAGUUCAUUAUACAGGACUUGGAUGAUACUCAUGUGUUUGUCUUAGCGGAACUGGUUGCUGUCCUCCAAGAAAAGGUUGGGGAGUUGAUGGACCAGAAUUCUUUUCCCAUUACACAGAAGUAAAGCUACUGGAAUUUACGAGACCCUGGAAUAUUUCAGAAACUUUGUUCAUUUGGAAUCUAUACAUGGACAUUGUGUUAGUUUCAGAUUAUGUGUGCUUGAGUAUUGCAAAAAGCCUUUCCAUGUUAUUACCUCUGCUGCGUUUUAUUCCUUUACAAUCAUUUAACUACAAACUCAUGUGGAAAGUGUGACAAAUGG